CACAUGUGAAAAAUAGACAGUGAAGCGUUAAAUAUUUUUUAAACCUAUGUUACCGCUAAAGCCCGCCCAUUUGAGAACUGAAGCACUGCGUAAUUUGUCAUUCUACCCGCUCGUUCUCUUUCUAUGGGAUUGAUUGAAGCGACCCAGCAGUGUAGCUUCCUGCCAUAUUGUGAUCUUCUCUCAGGCUUCCUUUGCUCGUUUCCGAAUCAGCAUGGGGAAGAAUUGCAAGAAUACCGUGCAGACAAUCUGCUGAUGAGGAAAAUGUUGAAUCAACCGUAAAAUCAUUAUUGGACUGUGGUGAACUAAAGGCAUUCGAGUUGAAUAUGGAAUCUGUUCCAUCAGUCUUUUUUAAUGGAUGGAAUCAGCCGAAACUGAUCUGGUCGCAGAAGAUGCUUCAUCAAAUAUUUACUUCAAACUUUGCUUUCUUUUUGACCAAACCAGAAUGUUAAUGUUCAAGAUUUUAGGAAUUUGGACAAGUCAAGAUUAUCUGUGCUCUCUCUAUUUGAGAUUUCACUUACUGUAUGUGCCAUAAAAGCAUAUAACAAUAAGAGCCAUAAUGCGUAUCAGCUUUUGCCAGGCUCUGUUAACUGGAGCAAUAAUUUUGAACUUGCUCAUCCUAUAUUAUGUCUCGCGGGCCCAGCAGCAGAUGAUGGAGAAGCGUCGGGAACAAGGUAAGGGCUUAAAGAAAGCCUCUCUUCCUGUGCCAGGACUGGGAGCUAUGGGUAAUCUGGUUGGUGGAAGCAUAGUUGGAGGCGCCAAAUUGGGAGGCCUUGAGGGCAACAUGCGUGGCCCCCGUGUCACAAUCGUUGUUCGCGAAUUUGAAGACUUUGAGAACUAUGUUGGUGAUGUUGCUCGCUCUUUUUUGCGCCAGAGACCAGAGUUACCCUUCCUUGCUGUAGCCGAAAAUCCACCAUACCCUCCUUUGGCUCUUCCCGAGGGAGCCCGGCUCCUGGUGUUGUCGCCGAGCCCUGACCAGCCUCCACAAACUCAUCGUCCAGAGUUCAACGUGCAGACGGAAUUUGCUUUAUUAGUUCCUGAUGGUGUGGAGCUGGACCACGGCCGACAAAUUGAGCGUCUUAUUCGGGAGCUGGAAGGGGAAGGUGGCGGGCCGGUCCGACUGGUUGCUGCUCCAGUGCUGACACGCUCGGCUGUGCAGUGCCUGCACCUUCGGGUUAAUCUGCGGGAAUGGACCGCCACCUACACCCCUGCGGCCUCAGGGAGCAGCGGUAGCGUCUGCACAGCCCUGCAGGGAGACGCCGUGGUUCUUAUCCGUACCGAAGACCUCUUCAAUCUCUCGGUUCCUUUAGGACGCCCCCUGAUGUCUUCCUUGUUUGUCCAAACAUCUCUGCGGGGAUGGAAGGUCAAGCUCCUGGAGGGACCUUCGUUCUCCGCCAGUCAUCGGCCACUGUUUAGCUCUGCACACAACCAGUGGAAGGCGGAUAGUCGCCUGAAAGAUGCCACCAAUCACCUUAUGCGCAGCUUUGGCCUGAAACGUGUAGUGUUGCCUGAUGUUCGAGAUCAGUGGUUUGGCUGCAGUAAAGAGACGCCACGUUGUUUCGGCACAGUGCGUGACGACACACCAGAAUACCUUUACGUAGAGCGCUGGACUCCACCCUGCUGCUUGCGUGCCCUCCGAGAGACCACUAAAUAUGUUGUCAACAUCUUGGAGAGCUCUGGCGUGCGUUACUGGCUGGAAGGGGGUUCUUUGUUGGGAGCUGCCCGACACCAGGACGUAAUUCCAUGGGACUAUGAUGUAGACUUGGGCAUCUACUUGGAGGACGUUCCGAAUUGCGACUACCUUAAAAACUUGGACUCGGGCUCACUGGUGGAUGCUAACGGCUAUGUAUGGGAGCGAGCGGUCGAGGGUGACUUCUACCGUGUGCAGUAUAGUGAAGCAAACCAUUUACAUGUAGACUUGUGGCCCUUCUAUCCCCGUAAUGGAGUUAUGACCAGGGACACUUGGACUGAGCACAAACAAGACGUGGAGUUCCCAGAACAUUUCCUGCAACCCCUGGUGCCACUGCAGUUUGCUGGUAUCACAGCUUAUGGUCCGAACAACCACCAUGCUUUCUUGGAACUGAAGUUUGGGGAGGGGGUUAUUGAGAACCCCCAGUACCCGAACCCUUCCAAGAAAAGGCUGGACAAGAGUCGCAUGUUAGGAUCGUAGCAAGCAGUAACUCGAUUUGACACAAUUGCGUAAUACUGCAUUUCUGACAUUUAAAAAUCUUUGGACAUUUUGAACUUUUGUAGAUUAUUACUACCAGACUAAAUGUCUCUGUCUGUAUCUGAACACUUGAAUGUUAGUAUUUCUUGCCAAUUUUAUUUAUUUUAUGUGUGUGUUGUGGUCUGCUGAGUCAUAAAUCUUUAAAUAGUCUAAAUAUACUGUAUGUAACAAUGGUAAUAAAAGUUCUGGAAGUCUAAGUAUGUAAUUUAUACACUGCUGAAUCCCAGGAAUGUCAAAAUGGUGUAAAGGUCAUGGCUUUUUUUGCUAUAAUACAUGGUAUUCAUAUAUCCAUUUCUAUAGUAAUUAAACACAAAACAAAAGUUAGAAUUUUUAAACUGAUUUUUUUUUUUUUUUUUUUUUUUCCUGCAUCAUGGAAAACUGAUUCAUGUUUGUAGGUCCACAAGUGAACCAUAUAAUAAACAACCCAGGCAGCUCAUUAAAACCUUAAAAUGACUUUGCUGCUUUUCAGAUGUAUGGUCAUCAUUAUAUCACUAUGAACUGUAGAGUGUAGGAUGUUUUCUUUGACAUACGAGAUGUGUAAGCUGAUGUUGAAAGAGGCUAGAAUGCAAGAGAGGGUGGUAAAUCUGAAAAAUAGCUACUGUUUUAUGCACCUAUUCACUUUAUUAAUGAUACUUGCACCAGGUAAUUUAGACUGAUGUUGUUUUUUAAUGCCAUAUGAAUUGUUUUGUUUCGUUUUCAUAUAAAUAAACAUGUUGCAUGAUUAAAAAACUUCACACUUUUGAUAUUUAAAUUUUGAUUUCUUUUUUUUUUUUUUUCUGUCAGACUGUUUUACCUAAACUUUUGUUGAAUUGAACUCCUUUUUAACUGUUUUCUUUUCUUUUGUUGUCUUGUUUGAUUUGGUUUUGGCACCAUGUGUUUCACAAAUGUACUUUGUAAUGUUCACUAUAGUACAUUACAUAUGUAAAUGCAUAAAAACAACAUUUACCACUUGUUGUUUCUUAACAUGUCAGUGCAUUUCAAAUGUCUGGAAAUGAACCACAUGAAAUUACUUUUGAGUUUUUAAUUUGGUGUUCAUGGUGUUAGAUAUUGCAGGACAAGUGGAAAUAUAGUUACUGUAAAAUGAACCACAAGGUGGCGCAGUAGGCCAUGAAGUCUUCAAACAUGCUGAACAAUACAUUCUAAUUCUGAUUAUUCAUUCAUUCUAAAUCAAACCGAGACAUUAAGAAGCUAAAGAGCCUUGUAACACCUUAAAGGGGUUUAUUUUGCGAUAAUGAACCGGCUGACUAUACAUUAUCAUGCUUAUUAAAGGGCUUCUUUCCAAAUAAAAAAAUGCACUAACAUAA